AGAAGAAGGGGACAGGCCUGGGAGCCGGCAGGGGCGAUGUCCCGCUGAGCAUCGAGGGGGGGGACAGCGGUGGCAUUUUUUCCCCGGUUGCGGAGCAGCGGAAGGUGCCACCAUGCCCAGGAACGGGGCUUUCUCCGAACCCGAGUGUUCCGCCGAGUAUUCCGCCGACUACUCGGUGAGCUUGCCCUCGGACCCCGAGCGCGGCGUGGGGAGGACCCACGAGGUGACGGUGCGCAGCUCGGGUCCCUGCCUCUGCCUCCCCCGUUUCAUGCGCCUCACCUUCUCUCCCGAAUCCCUGGAGAACCUCUACCAGACCUAUUUCCGUCGCCAACGCCACGAAACCCUCUUGGUCCUGGUGGUCUUCGCCGCCCUCUUCGACUGCUACGUCCUCCUCAUGUGCGCCGCGGUCCACGCCGCCGACAAAGUGGCCCCGGCGCUGGCCGCGGUGGCCGGGUUGGUGGCCCACGCCUUGCUCUUCGUCCUUUGCAAAUACAGGCUGCUCCCCGAGAGGGUGGCCCGCAGGUUCCUGCCCUACGUCCUUUGGAUCCUCAUCUUGGCUCAGAUCUUCUGCUACCUGGGGCUCGACUUCUCCCGCUCGCCCGAGGCCAGCGACACGGUGGGCUGGCAAGCCUUCUUCGGCUUCUCCUUCUUCAUCACCUUGCCCCUGCGCCUGGCACCCAUCGUCCUCAUCACUGCUGUCUCCUGCGGGGUCCACACCUUGGUGCUUGGUGUCACCGUCGCUCAGCAGAGGCAGGAGGACACCCUGGAUGAGGGCACGCUGCUGAGACAGAUCCUGUCCAAUGUUGCCAUCUACCUUUGUGCCAUCACAGUGGGCACCAUGUCCUACUACAUGGCCGACCGCAAACACCGCAAAGCCUUCCUGGAAGCCCGGCAGUCCCUGGAGGUCAAACUCAACCUGGAGGAGCAGAGCCAGCAGCAGGAGCGGCUGAUGCUUUCCAUCCUCCCCAAGCAUGUGGCAGACGAGAUGCUGAAGGACAUGAAGAAGGACCCCAGCCAGAAGGAGAUGCAGCAGUUCAACACCAUGUACAUGUACCGCCAUGAGAACGUCAGCAUCCUCUUUGCCGACAUCGUGGGCUUCACCCAACUGUCCUCCUCCUGCAGUGCCCAGGAGCUGGUGAAGCUCCUCAACGAGCUCUUUGCCCGCUUCGACAAGUUGGCAGCCAAACACCAUCAGCUGCGUAUCAAGAUUUUGGGUGACUGCUACUACUGCAUCUGCGGGCUGCCCGAGUACCGGGAGGACCACGCUGUCUGCUCCAUCAUGAUGGGCUUGGCCAUGGUGGAGGCCAUUUCCUACGUGCGGGAGAAGACCAGGACGGCGGUGGACAUGCGGGUGGGGGUGCACAGCGGGACGGUGCUGGGGGGGGUGCUGGGACAGAAGAGGUGGCAGUACGACGUCUGGUCCACUGAUGUCACCGUGGCCAACAAGAUGGAGGCGGGUGGCAUCCCCGGGCGGGUGCACAUCUCGCAGAGCACCAUGGAUUGCUUGAAGGGGGAGUUUGAGGUGGAACCAGGGGAAGGCGGCUCCCGCUGCGAGUACCUGAAGGAGAAGGGCAUUGUCACCUACCUCGUGGUGGUCCCCAAGCAGCCCCUGCGCAACGGCAUCAACGGGGUGAAGCUGUCGCUGACCUCGUCCCACGGUGGUUCCCCACCUUUGGUCAACACCAAGGAACGCAACGGGAGCCUCAGCCUGGGCUGCACCAGCCCCGAGGAGCCCGAGGCCAGGGUGAGGGGCACCCUGGAGAGCGGGGAGGAGGACGGAGAGGCGGUCAACCCCUCCUUCCCCAACCCCCGGCGGCGGCUGCGCCUGAGAGACUUGGCUGAGAGGGUGAUGGACGCCUCAGAGAACGAGCAGGAGCUCAACAAGCUGCUCAACGAAGCCUUGUUGGAACGAGAAUCCAUCCAGGCGCUGAAGGGCAAGAGCACCUUCCGGCUCUCCAUGAGGUUCAUCGACCCCGAGAUGGAGACCCGCUACUCGGUGGAGAAGGAGAAGCAGAGCGGAGCUGCCUUCAGCUGCUCCUGCGUCGUCCUCUUCUUCACCGCCCUGGUGGAGUUCUGCAUUGACCCCUGGUUGGUGACCAACUACGUGACCUUUGUGGUGGGAGAGAUCCUGCUGCUCAUCCUCACCCUCUGCUCCUUGGCUGCCAUCUUCCCCCGGGUCUUCCCCAAAAAACUUGUGGCCUUCUCCACCUGGAUCGACAGGACCCGCUGGGCACGCAACACUUGGGCCAUGGCUGCCAUCAUCAUCGUCACCAUGGCUGACAUUGUGGACAUGCUCAGCUGCUGGCAGGACCACGUUGGGCCAGUCAAUGGGACCCUGGGGCCAUCACGGGCGGGUGGCUGUGGGGACCAGCCCAAGUACUACAGCUACAUCGCCCUGCUGGCCUUGGUGGCCACCAUCAUGCUGGUGCAGGUCAGCCACAUGGUCAAGCUGACCCUCAUGGUGCUGAUCACCGGAGCUGCCGGUGCCGUCAACAUCUUUGCCUGGGAACACAUCUUUGACCAGUACGACCGGCGGCGUGGCCAGCAGAGCACCAGGUCCUCGUCUUUCAAGCACCAAGAGCUGGCCAAGUCUUUCCAGCAGAAGUCCAAGAUCCAGUUGUAG